UUUUCUCUCUGCUCCACCCCCAGGAUCCAGCCAUCUGCAGUUCCAAGAUGGCCCUUUCUCCAUAAUAGCCGUGGGGUAGCACGGCUCGAGGGCAGCUGGGCCAACGUCGGAUGAACUUGUGCUCGCUCCGGGGCGCUGAGAUGGUGGUCGUGACGCCUGCUCAGAUCCUCCUCACCUGUGCUCCCCCGCACGCCGCCCCAACUAAGGCCCCAGGACGUGCUAUACGUCGAUUGGGCCCAUUCUCGGCCAUGACGCCACGCCGGCAAAAUUCCCCUCGACAGCCUGCUGCUGCUGAUUCGGGUUCGGUCACCUGGGACGAGCAGGUUGUAGCCCCGGAUACAAUGUCCACCGGCACCCAGCGUCCCACCCUCUCCGCAGAGAGGGAGGCGUGUUGUGACAUGGAGCCAUAGCCGAUGAGACAAUACAAGAGGGACGGCCUCGCCCCUUGUCUCGGUAGCCUACCAUUGUCCUUCUGCAAGCCGUCAUCGACCGCUGCCGCUGACCAUGCUCAUCAGCCGUCUGAUCCUCCUGCCUCUCGGCUUUGCGGCCGCUGAGUCGGGCAUCGACGCCUGGCUGCGCUAUGCCCGUGUCCCCAAGGCUAGGUGCUACCAGGCCGCCGUCCCCGACACCGUCGUCGCUUUGAACAGCACUACUGUCAGUCCCGUCUACACGGCCGGCCAGGAGCUGCAGAAGGGCAUCAAGGGCAUGGUCGGCAAGGACGUCUCGGUCCAGCACAAAGCCGCCGGUGGCCGCUCAAUAAUUGUGGGCACUGUUGCUGCCUACACGGAGAGCGGCGGCAACGCCAAGGACCACCCCAAGCUUGCUGGUCUCAUCAAGGACGGCUACUACCUGUCCAUCGCCGGGACCAACACCCUUAUUCUUGGCCAGAAUGAGCGGGGCGCGCUGUACGGCGCGUUCCGCUAUCUCGAGCUGAUCGGCCAGGGCAAACUCUCCUCCAUGCUUUCUAUUGCCUCGAACCCCGAUGUGCCCAUCCGCUGGGUCAAUCAAUGGGACAACAUGCAGGACGGCGGAACUCACGGCAGCAUCGAGCGUGGAUAUGCCGGCAACUCGAUUUUCUUCUGGGCUGGCCAGAUUCGCCAAGACCUUACGCGCGUCUCGCAGUAUGGCCGGAUCCUGGCCUCGAUUGGCAUCAACGCGGUGGUGAUCAACAACGUCAACGCCAACGUGAACCUGCUCAGUAACACCAACCUCGACGGCGUGGCUAGAAUCGCCGACGCCUUCAGGCCGUGGGGCAUCCAGGUCGGCAUGUCGCUCUUCUUUGCUUCGCCAAGGGACCUCGGUGGCUUGCCCACCUUUGACCCGCUGGAUAAGACUGUGAUCAAGUGGUGGGGCGACAAGACGAACGACAUCUACAAACGCGUGCCCGACUUCGCCGGCUACCUCGUCAAGGCAAACUCGGAGGGCCAGCCCGGCCCCCUGACCUAUAACCGCACCCUGGCCCAGGGCGCCAAUCUUUUUGCCCAUGCCCUCAAGCCCCACGGCGGCACUAUCAUGUUCCGGGCCUUUGUCUACGACCAUACGACUCUCAAUCAGGAUCUCGACUGGAAGGCGGACCGUGCCAACGCUGCUGUGCAGUUCUUCCAGGGGCUCGACGGCAAGUUCGAGGACAAUGUUGUCAUCCAGAUCAAGUACGGUCCCAUUGACUUCCAGGUUCGCGAGCCCGUCAGCCCUCUUUUCGCCCACCUCAGGAAGACUCCGUCUGUGGUCGAGUUCCAGAUCACGCAGGAGUACUUGGGCCAGCAGGCUCAUCUGGUCUACAUCCCGCCCAUGUGGAAAGAGCUCCUCGACUUCGACCUCCGCGUGGACGGCAAACCGUCCCCGCUCAAGUCCAUCCUCAACGGCAACGUUUUUGGCCGCCCGGGUGGUUACGCGGGCGUUGUCAACGUCGGCCUGAACGAGACGUGGCUGGGAAGCCACCUCUCCAUGUCGAACCUGUACGCCUACGGCAAAAUGGCCUGGGACCCCGAGUCGGACCCGGACGCGCUGCUGAGGACGUGGACCAAGCUCACCUUCAGUCACGACCCUGCCGUGGUCGACACCAUCUCGGACAUGUCGAUGGAGUCGUGGCCGGCAUACGAGAACUACACGGGCAACCUGGGCGUGCAGACGCUGACCGACAUCCUCAACGCCCAUUAUGGCCCGAACCCGGCGUCACAGGACAACAACCCCUGGGGCCAGUGGACGCGCGCCGACGCCGACAGUAUCGGUAUGGACCGUACGGUUUGGAACGGCACCAGGUUCUCGGGCCAGUACCCGGCCGAGGUGGCGGCGCGCUACGAGAAGAUUGAGACGACGCCCGACAACCUGCUGCUCUGGUUCCACCACGUGCCCUACACGCAGCGCCUCAAGAGCGGCAAGACGGUGAUCCAGCACUUUUACGACGCGCACUACGACGGCGCCGCCGUGGCGCAGACCUUCCCGACGCGGUGGGAGUCGCUCAAGGGCAAGAUGGACGACAGGCAGUACGACGAGCAGCUGUCCCGGCUCGUGUACCAGGCCGGCCACGCCCUCGUGUGGCGCGACAGCGUCUGCAACUUCUACUUGAACAAGAGCAGCAUCCCCGACGACCGGGGGCGCGUCGGCAACUACAAGUACCGCAUCGAGGCCGAGAACAUGGUCCUCGACGGCUACCUCCCCUACCGCGUCCAGCCCUUCGAGUCCGCCUCGCGCGGCUGGGCCAUCGUCACGAGAACAAACACCACAAAGGGCUCCGCCACGACGUGGCUCCGCAACGUCGAGAGCGGCAGGUACGACGUGGCCGUCAACUACUACGACCAGGCCGUCGGGCGCGCCGCUUGGGAGCUCUUUGUCGGCGGCCGCCUCGUCGGCUUGUGGAAGGGCGACAUGGAGUACAGGAUCGGCAAGGCGCCGACCUUUUACAUUGACGGCCAGGCCGCCGUGCGCAUCACCUUCAAGGGCGUCGACGUGACCAAGGGCGACAUGCUCAGGAUCGUGGGCACGCCCGACGGCCGGGAGCCGGCCCCGAUCGAUUACGUCUCGAUACUGCCCGAGGGGGUGGUGGAUUGAGGCCGGUUUGUUUGUGAGCGUGUGACGCUUACCACAUGUAAAAUAAUACUACCAGAGAAUGGUGUGCUUCGUAUAAUAAAAGCAAAAAGGCCCUUACUCGGUGGGCAACGGAA